AAAAUAAAAUAAACACAUCUGAAAACUCUUUCGUCUCCUUUUGCUUUCAUGGCCAAAUCCUCAACGGCCUCGUCUGCUACGACGCCGUUACCGGCUCUUAAGCCUGAAGAUUACUCCCACUGUCCAGUUCACUACGCCGUCGUUUUGGGUGAUCACACUACCCUUACCCGGGUAAUCUCCACCCUCCCUAAACUCUCCGAUCCUUCUAAAAUUCACACCGAGUCUGACUCUCUCAGUCAAGAACGACUCGCUGACCAAAUCUCCUCUGUUCUCGACCGUCGCGACGUUCCUUUGCGGGAAACUCCGCUCCAUCUCGCCGUUAGACUUAAUGAUGCCUUCGCUGCUCGGUCUCUCGCUGCAGCCGGUGCUGACGUGUCUCUCCAAAAUGCUGCCGGUUGGAACCCCCUACAAGAGGCGGUUUGCCGUCGUAAUUCUGACAUUUCGUUGAUUCUACUCAAGCUGCAUCACCGCUCGGCCUGGGCCAAGUGGCGUCGACGCUUGCCACGUGUCAUUUCGGUCUUACGCAGAAUGCGUGACUUCUAUAUGGAAAUUUCCUUCCACUUCGAAAGCUCCGUCAUUCCGUUCGUCGGGAAAAUAGCUCCGUCUGACACUUACAAGAUCUGGAAACGCGAUGGUAAUCUCCGGGCUGAUACGUCACUCGCUGGCUUCGACGGCUUGAAAAUCCAACGCGCCGAUCAAAGCUUUCUCUUCCUUGGAGACGGUGACCAAACACACAACGUUCCUCCCGGUUCCUUGCUGGUUCUCAACCGCGACGACCGCAAAAUAUUAGACGCUUUCGAAAACGCCGGAGGUCCGAUGUCCGAGUCCGACAUUGCCGGAUUCUGCGCGCAAACUAGCGUGUACCGGCCCGGAAUGGACGUCACUAAAGCCGAACUUGUCGGCCGAACCAAUUGGAGACGACAAGAGAAGACAGAAUCUGUUGGUGAAUGGAAAGCCAGAGUAUAUGAACUACACAACGUCGUUUUCAGUUUCAGGUCACGUAAAGUUGCCGAAAACGAUGUCGCUGGAAGCGAACAAGUACUACCACUCGAACUUGACGAAGAUGACGAUGGAUUCUUCGUUGCUGAGAAUCCAAGUCUCAAUUUCAACGUUGAGAAGAGAAGACACAGUAGUUUUGUGAGGGAGGAAAGAGAUUGGGUGACCGUUGGGAGAAAGAGCGUUGAUAUCAUUCCUUCUUCUGCGAUGUCUUCGCGACCGAUGACUGCGCCGAGGAAGUCGACUUCGGCUGCGGUUAACUUGGCGCCUUUGCCGCCCACGAAGGAGAAAGAGUACGUGAGAAGUUUACGACCGUCGGUUUGGUUAACGGAACAGUUCCCGUUAAAGACGGAGGAGUUACUUCCGUUACUUGAUAUUUUGGCGAAUAAAGUGAAGGCUGUGCGACGGUUGAGAGAACUGCUGACAACUAAGUUCCCGUCGGGCACUUUCCCGGUUAAGGUGGCGAUUCCGGUGGUCCCUACGGUGAGGGUGGUGGUGACGUUUACAAAAUUUGUUGAGCUACAAUCAACAGAACAAUUCUUCACUCCCCUCUCAAGUCCUAGACAUUUCCAUAGAGGCUCAUCCGAGGAUGAUAAAAAAUCAGACACACAUUAUUCAUCAUUCCCAUCAUCAUCAUGGUCGUUAUCGUCUUCUUCAUCGUCGUGGCUAAGGAGAAGCAGCAGCCAAUCGGCGAGCAAGCAGCAGCAGCAGCGGUGUUCGUCGUCAUCAACGGCAGGAGGGGUGCAACAACAUUGGGAGACAGACCCUUUUGCAAUACCAAGUGGGUAUACAUGGACAAGCAUUGAAGAUAAGUCUAGCAACAAAAUGAAAAGGUCAAAGUCUACAAGGAAGUCCAAGUAAAAAUUUUAGACUAAAUCUGUUGUUCAAUUGUGCAUUGUUCUUCUUGGCUUGGAAAAUUUUUAGUGUAGAUAUUUUACCAAAUCUUGUUAUUGGCAACAAUUAGGAAAAGAGAAUUGCGCUCACCAUCUGUUUGACUGCAGAAAUGUUGCUUACAAUUUUGUUUUAAUGUAAUGGUUAGUUCUUGACUGGGGUGAUUGGUUCUUGCAAUGUGUGUUGAUUGUUGAUAUGCCGGUGAACAAAUUGCAAUUUUCAGACUGAAGUUGAGAAGCAUUAUAGCUUCUUGAGAAGGUAGAAUCAUCGUCAUCAUCAUCAUCGUUGUUAAGAAUGGAUGAAACGUAACAAUUUAGCUUAUG